AUGAAGGGUCAUCUUAAGCCUUUGCUGUCAACCUUGAUGAUCGAAGGGCAUGAAGUAAACAAGGUUCUGGUUGAUGGAGGAGCAGCCGUAAACAUACUUUCGAGGACUAUGCAGAAAAGGUUUGGAAAGAUCACGGCCGAUUUCAAGCCCCACAACAUACUUAUCUCAGAUUAUGCAGGGAAAUCAUCACAACUUGAGGGCAUGAUUUUGCUCGAUGUUCAGAUCAAGAGUGUGAAAAGAACUACUAUGUUCAUAGUCACUCCAUCGAAGGCGAAUUUCAAUGUCUUAUUGGGGUGUGAAUGCAUUCAUGGGGUAGGAGUUAUUCCUUCGACUGUUCACCAGAAGAUUUUCUUUUGGAAUGAUGAUGAAGGAUUGGAAGUGCUCGAUGCUGAUCAGAAAGAAUAUGAAGUAGGCAUGUACUUCGCAGAUCAACAACUAACUGCAUUUGCGAAAACGAGACCUUUCGAUGCUCAUAAUGCUGGUAUCAUUGACGAAGAAGAAGGUGUUAGGAAAAUAUUUUGUUGGAACGUGAAAUGA